AGCAGCCCGGUCGAUAGUACCGCAGUGCCGGCUACAUCACCGCACCGCUCGCACGGUGCCCGUUACCAACGAUUUCGAACACCGGCUGAUUCGAAAUUUGAACGGUCUCAUUCCGUUGGGAACCUCGUGAAGACUCACAUGCUCCAGACAUCCAAGCAAUCAUGGCCAGCCCGUUGCCGCUUCAACUCGCCAAUCCUUCAAGUGAAGGGAUCAAAAUGAGUUACCUUGAAAAAGUGGACCGGUACCUCGAUUCACUGAAAGUUGGAAAAAGUGCCCUAGUGGACUCAUGGUUUAUGAUGUCGAGUCCGAUCCCGAUCCUCUGCGUGGUGAUCGCGUACCUGAUCUUCGUGCGCGUCGGCCCCAGCCUGAUGAAGAAUAGGCCUCCACUCAGGAUCACGAAACUCAUCACGUAUUACAACGCCACGCAGGUGUUGCUGUCUGUGAUGAUGGUUUACAAGGCUCUAAAUUUAAACAUAUUUCGAGACGGUGUGCUCUACGCGGGGUGCAGAUAUCCAUCAAAUACUCAAAACAAACAGCUUUUGGAGCUAGGAUGGUGGUACUUCUUCGCCAAGUUCACUGAACUCCUCGACACUGUUUUCUUCGUGCUUCGAAAAAAGAACAAACAGGUGACAUUCCUCCACGUAUACCACCACGGCAUCAUGGCUCUCUACUCCUGGAGCUACCUCAAGUUCGCCGCCGGCGGCCAAGGGACCAUUCUCGCCCUCCUAAACUCUGCCGUCCAUAUCGUCAUGUACUCCUACUACCUUCUCUCCGGACUGGGGCCUCAGUUCCAAAAGUAUUUGUGGUGGAAGAAAUACGUUACUACUUUGCAGCUGGUACAAUUCGUGAUUAUGCUCGCCUACUGCAUAUGGACUCACUUCUCACCAAGAUGUCAGUACGCGGUCGGCUUCACCUACUUCAUAUCGGCCAACGUGACCAUUUUCCUCUGUCUCUUUCUCAAUUUCUAUUCCAAAAGCUACAAGAAGAAGAAAAGCGGAGAAAAGGAGAUACAGAACGAAUUCGAAAAACAAAGAAACGGGACCAAACAAAAUGGCGUUGAGGCGAAUGGAAUCACAGCGGGAAAGAACAAAGGGGUGUGCACAAAUGAUUGUAAGGAUAUUUCCAAUGUAGAAGAUUGUCCUUGUGCAGUUGACAAAGCUUGUGGAGACUACAUUAAGAAAGGAAAGGUGUUCCUCACUAGACGCACAGCCAAAGCGUGUGAAGAACUAGAUUACGAAAGUAUAGUAAAGAAAUGAUUCUUAUGGUCGAACAAUAUGGUUAGUUCCGGGUUUUUUGAGACUGAAUUUUGUGAUGGCGAUGAUAAACGAAAUAAUUUAGGAGCGAUUGAUAAGUAAAUAGGAGAAAUUGUUUUAGUAUUAAGGACGUAUGAAAUAGAGCUUAAAGUUGACUUUAUUUUUAAUUGAAUUAGUGUCAAUUCUGUCACUGAAAAUAUGUUGAUUGUGCUAAUAAAUUUUAUUGAUGAAAAGAUGUUUCAGCAUAUCGUAGUUAAAGUGCAGAACAUUUUUAAUGCUGUUGAAAUAUUGAACGUACCAGUGAGACGAUACGCUUUAAGAUUUAAAUUACAUUAAUAUUAAAAUGCCAACCGCACAAUUUUAAAUAAUGUAGAUGCUAAGAAUUUUAUUGUUUAAAUUAUAGCCAUACGCUGUUAUUGUUCAGCAAAUAGCAUUUCAGGUUUACAUUGCAAAUUUACUAUGGGUCAUAUGGUCAGAUGGGGUAAGACGAACACUGGGGGAAGAGUAACACUUGCAGGGAAUUCUCAUAGUGUUACUCUUGCCCCGAG